AUGCCGGAUCCGGAACGCACCAAAUCUCCUCUGCGACCUCAUUCUUGCAAAGCAGAGACGGGCGACCAAACAUCGCAAAUGCACUCUCUCCUAAGCUGGAUGCAGCGCAGUACAGAGUCAUCGACGCCCACUACUGUCGCGAGUACGCCGGAUUGCUCCGACUCUACCCAACAGCAGACGCCACCUUCUAUUUACGAUCUGCAAGAUCGUUACGUCACCACCGGCUCUCUCGCAAUACCGGAGCAAACGGAAGACUACGAUGAUGACGAUGACGUCAUGUUGGAGGAGCGCUUUGGCGGGCGCGAUCUCGAUCGAGAGAUCUCUCCGGUUUGCCGCACCGGCCUGACGGUGCGGACGAGGUCUUUACCCGGUUCUCCGUCCGAAGUAGACAACUCCUGGGAGUCGCGGGAAAGCUACGCUUCCUAUCCCAUUGGACGUAAACUGCGCUCGCGUCGCAAGAGCUCGACGCAGGGUAUUGUCCUCAAGAAUCGUCGCCGUAGACGAUCCAGCCGUGCUUCCCGAGACGAUGAUGACAAUUCGCUCACCACCUUGUCCUUUUCGGAUGAUCCACCCUCUCCGAACAACGAUUCUUUGCCCCGAACAAUCCCCUACCGCAGAAUGUCUUCCCGCCGCUAUUCACCCGCGCGCUCGCUGGGGGAGUCCACCACAUUUCGGAAUUUUGUUUGGAAAUUGGGGCACCCACGAGGUCUCCUAUGGCUCAUGUGCGUUAUUGGACUCGUCAGCAUCAGCAUGACCUACAUGUCGACGCGGAAUAUGGCGGGCCGUCCAGGAGAAAUUGGAAGGAUUCAAGUGCUUUACGCUGGAAACCACCAUGUCCCCCUGAGGACGUCGCGGCUGAAAGGAGGUGGUGUAUCGGGAAAUUUCUUGCGUGGUUUUCCAGCGCCAACAUCUACGUCAAUCGCCGCCAGGAAAUCUGUGCCGGAACAGGGACGGAAGUCGGCGGUCACUUUGAAUCAUGCCAUUGUGGACUCCCGCAAAAUCUCAGAAGUAGGAGUUGAUGAACACCUGGCGAAAAACUAUGCUUUGAAGAAAAAUGAUGACCGCAAGCACCUUGAAGUGCAUAAAUCGAAACAUGACGAAGGCAAACAUCACCACAGCCAUGACGAACACAAGCAUUCUGGGAAUAUGAAGGACAAGCAUCACAUUGAGCACAAGAGUACGGAUAAGAAUGAUGAUCGCAAAGAUCCGGCAAAUCCAGAAAUACAGCAUGAAAAACGCCAUGACAGCAGUGCUACGAACACUGAACUGGAAAAUCACAAUGAGCCGAAAAACUCGCUUACGUCCGUAGCAAUGCCGUUGGUUCCUCUCAGCAUUCCGAAAUCCGACUACGAGGCUCAAGAUUGGAGAUUGUACAGGGCACCUGCCCACAGUCCCUCAAACGUUACGCACCACAGGAUGGUAUUUGUUGAUCCAUCGUUGGCUCACGCCCCUCUUCGUCACCGUAAGGUUGUGUCGUACCCAUCCGAUUAUACCGACCCGACUCAGCUAUACUCCAUCCUGGAUUCUGGCGACGAACGCAUCAAGCGCAUGGAACCCCGGGAUCCAUACGUGCAGGGCGAAUGUGUGCCAAUGCAGCCCUGGCAAACAACAUACCACCCCUUAUGCAACGGCGUACACGAGCUGGGUAUCGAUCAAAUUCUCGGCGAAGAGACCGGUAGUGAUAUGCGUCUGUUUGGAACAAAAGGAUUUUGGCGUAACGCGUGGAGAGCGGAUAUUUUGAAUGGACAUUCGCAUUUGCACGAACGAGAUACUAUUGUUAUCAAAACUCUCAAGCUACAACAUAACUUUGAAGAAGCGCAUUUUGAGCAUGAUCGUAUUGAUGCGGUCGCGAUGGAGCGCUUAACAUCGUCGCCGCAUGUUAUUAAUGUGUUUGGAUUCUGUGGACAUACGGUCAUGACUGAAUUCGCUGACGGAAAGCGUCUUGGAGAAUUGGCCGAUCGAGCCAAGAAACAACCGUUGGAACGGCUCAAGAUCGCUCGCGACAUUGCUGAGGGUCUUGCUGAUGUACACGGCAUUGAUGGAGAUGGCAAUGUAUCUUUUGUUCACUUGGAUAUCAACCCUGCUAACGUGGUCAGCAUAGGAGGCCGUCUGAAGUUGAACGAUUUCAAUAUUGGUGUUCCAAGGCGCUGGAAUACUACGUCAAAUGAACCUUGCGGUUUCCCAACACAAUAUCCGAACGCGCAAUGGCGGUCACCGGAGGAGGCUCGCCAAGAGGAAAAUCUGACAGAAAAAGUUGAUAUCUUCUCCCUGGGUCACAUAUUUUUUAGAAUGAUUUGCGGUCAUGAGCCCUGGAGUUCAUUUGAGCCGGGUGGCAAGCCCUCCGCCGACGAACUACAUGAGAAGGUUGGAAGAGGUGUUUUACCCACAAUUCCUACGAAUGUUUUGGAGUCGAAAGACCCCGAAGUUGUCGCCAUUCGAAACGCGAUGAUCCAAUGUUACACUUUCAUUCCGUCCGAGCGUCCAAGUGCGAAACAAAUUGCCCGAAAUUUGCAGAAAGCUCUGGACAAGGCCGAACUAGUACAAGAGGCUCGGCCUUAAAUCGAGACAAAAGUGCGUGAUAUCUUGGCCAUCAAGUAAACGGUUAAUAGACAGACUUUUCCUAUGUG